UGAAAUUGCAUUAUAUGAGUUUAGAGUAUUAUAACCUCAGAUUUGGUAGAUGUUAGUAUGAUUCAGCUGGAAUGCUUUUGCAGCUUGUUGUCAGAAGACUAUUUAAAAGAGUUCAUUUUUGUCUGUACAGUUUUGGUGUGAGGCAGAAAUCGUAUGAGUCCUACCUAAUGUUACACACCAGCAUUUGAGGCACGUGAAAAUGCUUUGUGGAUACGCAGCUCGCCAGGCUGCCUAUCCAACCCAUCCAAUUACUUAUGGCUAGUACAUUAUUUUUGUCUGUUAUGUUUAUUCUUUUUGUCCUUUAUCUAUAAACCCCUCACGUUCAUAGCAGAGCGCCUGCGCGGACGCGUCUGUCCAGCGAUACACCGAUUCCAGUAUCGAAGGAAACUCCUCCCUGUCGACAACACGCCGCACUCAAAGCGCAAUGGUCUCCUGGAUUAUUUCAAGGCUUGUGGUGCUCAUAUUUGGUACCCUUUACCCAGCAUACUCCUCUUAUAAAGCUGUUAAAUCAAAAGAUGUGAGAGAAUAUGUGAAAUGGAUGAUGUACUGGAUAAUAUUUGCACUUUUUACUUCAGUUGAAGUGUUUACUGAUAUCUUUUUGUGCUGGCUUCCAUUCUACUAUGAACUCAAAAUUGCCUUUGUGGUGUGGUUACUUUCCCCAUACACAAAAGGAUCCAGUGUGUUGUAUAGAAAAUUUGUCCACCCUACACUGUCCUCUAAGGAGAAGGACAUCGAUGAAUACCUUUGCCAAGCAAAAGAUAAAAGCUAUGAUACCCUCAUGCAGUUUGGAAGGAAAGGCCUGAAUGUGGCGGCAACAGCUGCUGUAACUGCUGCCACUAAGGGCCAAGGCGUUCUCUCCGAGCGACUCCGCAGUUUCAGCAUGCAGGACCUGUCAUCAUUCCAGGAAGAGGGCCAGGCAAAGAAUGCAAGUUCUGGAACUACUCAACCUGCAACCGCACAGCACAGAACACACACUAUGAUGCGCAGCAAAUCAGAGGCUGGUUACAGCAAGGGCCAUGAUUUUGACAUGACCGAAUAUGAGAUGUUGAACUUGGAGCAGUAUGACCCCAUUGAGCCUCCCGGUCCACUGACACCCACACCCAUCCCGACCCCAUCUCAGCCCACUCUGCCUCAGCCUGAGCCCUCGACUCCGCUGCUUUCCCCUCCUGAGUCCUUCCAAGAUAAAUCCACAUCCCAAGCCAUAGCCUCAGAGGAGCAUGAGGAGAAGGAGGAAUUUGCCUCGUCUGCUUCAGUCCAAUUCAGAUUUAAGAGGCAUGCCCCUGAGCCUCCUCCUAGGACCCUAAGACCCAUCACCCAAUCCAGAUCAAAGAACGCCCUCUCUUUGGACACUGAAGCCAUGUGACUGUGCAUAUACUCCGAGAGCGCUUUAGCUGUCUUACCUGCAACAUGAGAAGACGCAACAAGGGAAGGCAGAGAAAAAAAAAGGAAUGCAGCCAAAAUGUUCAAAUAUUCAAAAGCAGCCUUGCUCUAUGAUGAGGUAACCAAAGCAAUGCGCAACCUUUCGCUUCUGAUCUUUGACACUCAAGAGGGAGGGUAUUAAUUUAGGUAACACAUUCACUUGCAUACUACUGCUCUGAGACACUUUGGGGGUUAUUAAACUUGUUUUAUAUAUAUUUAUGGUAUGUCCGAGUGUCGACUGUUUGAUUUCUUGGUAUGAUUUUGGGAGAAACAAACACAUGCAUGUCCCUCUGGUAUCUUGUCUCCAGUCACCCAACCAUAAUCACUGCACACAGUCAUAAUACUUACUGUUUAUGAACAUAUUUUAUUUUUAGGGGGACUGUGCUCAUUUUGGGUUGCCCAAAGCCCCCUCAAUGACUACUGAGUUGCAAGGUGUUUCAGAAUCAGCCUUUCUUAGAACAGAAAGUGAAAAAAAAUACUGCACUGAUGUGGUAGGUGUGUUUGACUGCAAACAUAACAUUUAUUUCAUGAAUUAUGUAUCAAAAAUUGCAAGGGUUCAUCUGUGGAGAGGGACUUUUUACUACAAGCUUGUAGUUGAACCAAAUAUAGGUAUUGAUCACAAUACCCGAUGUGAAUUGUGAUUUAAAAUAGAUGGACAAAGUGCAAUGUAUUUUACGAUUCUUGUAACCUUUCAAUAGUUCAGCCAUAAACUUAAACUGUUGUGCUGUAACUUCAUAUAUACAUAUCAAGUUAAUCAAUAACCAAUAACAAGUUAAUCUUGCUAAAAAUACACACGUUUUUUUCAAAAAAAACUUUCUAAACAGAAAGAGGCAAUUAAGUUGAUAUUUGUUUAUGAAGAUUCUUACUUUACCUCAUUAAUUAUUAGGUAUAUUUUAUAAUUUCAAAACUCAACACUGACUGAUCAACAUGGAAUUUCAUGUAUUCUGAAGCUGAACAUUUUCUGUUAUUUCUUAGUUGGCUUCUUAAACCUUUGUUUACAGUUGUUUGUUGUUGCAUGUAUUCACCUUGACGAGUUGAAUGUGUCUCACAUUUUUGGCCUCCACUUUCUGAACGUGUUCAGUAUUAAAGUACCUUAUCAGUGUUAAGCGGGCAUUAGUGGUGAUUUGGCACAACACAAAGCGGGUUUUUCAGUCAGUGUAGUCGUUUUACUUUUGUAGCAUUCACACAUUUAGUCAUGAGGAGAAACAAAUGUCUGAAAACAUAUUAGCAUGUAUCACUAAGAAACUCACAGUUUGCUGUUGCAUUAUUUCUGAUCACAGUCAAGAUUGUUGGAUUAACUUGUAAAUGCAGUGCAUCAACUAUCAAACACAUAGCAAACACAACUGGAUCUUAGAACAUUGUAUAUUUAGAAAGCUUUCCACAAUGUGUUUAAUACUGUGACAAUACGAUGACAAUCCUAGUCUCAUAAACACGCUUUGACUUGUUGUAUUUGUGAUCUUGUAGCUGUUCAAAUGAUUAUAUCAAACUUCAUGGACAAAAUAGCAGGCUCAGGAACAGUUUUUGUCAUUUUAACACAAAUGUAUUUCAACAUGAACAUAUCUACAAUGUGAACUAAAAAAAAGUCAUUGGAAUUGUGAUUAUCUGGUUGCCGUUUUUUGUUGGGUUUGUGUUUCCAGUUUUUUCAGUGGGAUUAAAAUGCAGCAUUUUCUCUGUGUGAAAUUGGUGUGAUUUUAAAGUGCUCUGUAUGGAACCAUCUUUGGCCUUUUACAGCAUAUAAAAACAGCUGAUUGUUG